UCACUAUGUUGGUCAGGCUGGUCUGGAACUCCUGACCUCAAGUGAUCCACCUGUCUUGGCCUCCCAAAGUGCUGGGAUUACAGGCAUGAGCCACCAUACCCGGCCUGUUUUUCUAUCCAACACGGAUAGAGUACAGCCUCCCUGCCCCCUUCCUCCCCAAAGUAGGCUCAGUUUAAAUAUAUACAUGAAAACAAAUAAAAUUCAAAGAAAAGCAAGGUUAUGGGGUAUCAAGCAGAAUGAUCCAACGGAAGCUCCCCCAUCUCUGCGUGUGAGCCCUCGCACUGAGAAUGCAAUCAGGCUGGUCUCUUAAAGGAAGCCUCGCUGACUCCCAUGGCUAAGUUGGGUCUUCUGUGCCACCCUACCUCCAAACUUUGCACAUUUCAUAUGGCGAUGUGAUUGCCUGGGUCCUGGUCAUGGCCCCCACAGGUGAGCAACUUGAGAGAGACCAUCUGCUUUGGUUCACCACUGUCCAUCCCAGUGCCUGGCUCUCCUGCUGCUGGAAAGACAAGAGACAGAUUCUGAGCAAUCAGGAAAGGCUUCCUGGAGGACGUGGGGCUGCAGUUGGGUUGAUAGAUUGGUUUGCCCCAGAGCUGGGCAGAGGGCUUUGAUGGCUUCCAUGGAAGAAAGGUGAGGAGAGCUUGGAGAAAGGAAGGAUGGAUGGGUGACAAGCAGGCAGAGAACAAAGCUCAGAGCCCCGGGGCUGUUUAGUCUCGGCCCCUCUAAGGCUGCAAAGUGCCAGUGACUCAGAUGUGGAGGGAGGCUCACACGCUGCAGCGUGAGGCUCCCACAUUAACCCUCACCUGCCUGGAAUCAAAAAGCCACAAUGGAAGCACUCCGCACGCGGCGUUAACCCUUAGCUGCCCAGUCCUUGAGCCCCAGGGCCAAGGGCUGUGGACAUGGCCUUGAGAUCCCCGGGAAGGCCCCGCCCUCCCUCCCCCCAGAAUCUGGUUACGUUAGGCUCAGCCUUCUGAUGCCCGGUGGUGAACUUGCCCAGAGAGCACCUAAACACCGCGGAGCGGCCAGCGGCUUGAGCGCCCAUCGACAGACAAGUGUCCUAAGAAUUGGUGCCUCUUCUAGGGAAAAGGAGGCCUGGGCUCCAAGACCUUAAAGACUCGCCUAAUUUUCCGCACGGAUGAGUAGACCCAGGCCCCGUUCGGAUCCGUCUUUAUCUCAUCGUCUGUGUCAGAGAAAUAUGUCAUGUUUCCAAUCUCUGGCGGCAAGAAAAUGCCGAGCUCUUUUGCUAUUGAAAAAAAAAAAAAAGGAAGAAAAUACUGCGGCCCUAAUCCUGCCCAAUACAUCCCAGAACCCAGCCUUGGGUGUUGCCCCCGCCGCUGCCAUCCGCGCUGGGGGUCCGAGUGGCCCUGGGGCCCCGCAGGCCCGGGCUGAGGCCACCCCUCUGUUCCCGCGUCAGUGGCCCUGAGCGCACAGCGCUCGGAACUCGGAGGUGCCAGAGACUCCGGCGAAGCAGGCCUGGGGAGGGCGCGAAGCCACGUUGUUCCGAUCCUCAGCCACCUGGGUCCCAGCCUGGAACCUUCAGACUCUGGCGUUCGGGCCCCCUCGGUGCCAGACGCCCCGAGUGCCGGGGCGCGCCGGGCGCGGGCUGGGAGCGGCGGACAGCGGGCGGGACAGCGCCCCCGCUCCUCCCGUGGGAGGGCGCGCGCCCCUCCAGGAAGCUCCCGCCUCGCCUCCCGCUUCCCUCCCCACUCCCCGCCUCGGCCGGAGGGAGGAGCCCGAGCCUCCACCGCCGCCGCCGCCGCCCGCCCGGCCCGGGAGGAGGACAGGACCCCGAGCGGCUGGGAGCGCACGCGAGCGGGCCGUGGCCGUGUGGGCAGCGCCCUGAGCCCGUCCCGCGCCCGCGGGCCCGGCCGAGCAGGAGCAGCGCCCGGGGAUGCCCGGGCGGCCCGGAGCGCGGGCAGCGGCAGCCGUGCGGUGAGGGCGGUGGCGCCCGUGGGACCCGCGACUGCCAGGAACUCCUGCCACCGCCACCGGCUCCCAUGGCCCACAUACCCAGUGGGGGUGCCCCAGCAGCGGGGGCAGCCCCCAUGGGUCCCCAGUAUUGCGUGUGCAAGGUGGAGCUGUCGGUGAGUGGCCAGAACCUACUGGACCGGGAUGUUACCUCCAAGUCCGACCCCUUCUGUGUCCUCUUUACAGAGAACAAUGGCAGAUGGAUCGAGUAUGACAGGACAGAAACCGCGAUCAACAACCUCAACCCCGCCUUCUCCAAGAAGUUCGUGCUUGACUAUCACUUUGAGGAGGUACAAAAGCUCAAGUUCGCGCUCUUUGACCAGGACAAGUCCAGCAUGCGGCUGGAUGAGCAUGACUUCCUGGGCCAGUUCUCCUGCAGCCUGGGCACGAUUGUCUCCAGCAAAAAGAUCACUAGGCCUCUGCUGCUGCUGAAUGACAAGCCUGCCGGGAAGGGCUUGAUUACGAUUGCUGCCCAGGAGCUGUCUGACAACCGCGUCAUCACGCUGAGCCUAGCGGGCAGGAGGCUGGACAAGAAGGACCUCUUUGGGAAGUCAGACCCCUUUCUGGAGUUUUAUAAGCCAGGAGACGAUGGCAAGUGGAUGCUGGUCCACAGGACUGAGGUGAUCAAGUACACACUGGACCCUGUGUGGAAGCCAUUCACAGUGCCCUUGGUGUCCCUGUGUGAUGGGGACAUGGAGAAGCCCAUCCAGGUCAUGUGCUACGACUAUGACAACGAUGGGGGCCAUGACUUCAUCGGCGAGUUCCAGACCUCAGUGUCACAGAUGUGUGAGGCUCGAGACAGCGUCCCGCUGGAGUUCGAGUGCAUCAACCCCAAGAAGCAGAGGAAGAAGAAGAACUAUAAAAACUCGGGCAUCAUCAUUCUGCGAUCCUGCAAGAUAAACCGAGACUACUCCUUCUUAGACUACAUCCUGGGAGGCUGCCAGCUCAUGUUCACCGUUGGAAUAGACUUUACAGCCUCCAACGGGAAUCCCCUCGACCCUUCCUCUUUGCACUAUAUCAACCCUAUGGGCACCAACGAAUAUCUGUCGGCCAUCUGGGCUGUUGGGCAGAUCAUUCAGGACUACGACAGCGAUAAGAUGUUUCCAGCUCUGGGAUUCGGGGCCCAGUUACCCCCAGACUGGAAGGUCUCCCAUGAGUUUGCCAUCAACUUCAACCCCACCAACCCCUUCUGCUCAGGUGUGGAUGGUAUCGCCCAGGCGUACUCAGCUUGCCUGCCCCACAUCCGCUUCUACGGUCCUACCAAUUUCUCCCCCAUCGUCAACCACGUGGCUCGGUUUGCGGCCCAGGCCACACAGCAGCAGACGGCCAUGCAGUACUUCAUCCUCCUCAUCAUCACGGACGGGGUCAUCAGUGACAUGGAGGAGACGCGACAUGCCGUGGUGCAGGCUUCCAAGCUGCCCAUGUCCAUCAUCAUCGUGGGCGUGGGCAAUGCCGACUUUGCUGCCAUGGAAUUCCUGGAUGGGGACAGCCGCAUGCUGCGCUCCCACACGGGGGAGGAGGCAGCCCGCGAUAUUGUGCAGUUCGUUCCCUUUCGAGAGUUCCGCAACGCAGCAAAAGAGACCUUGGCCAAAGCUGUGCUGGCGGAGCUGCCCCAACAAGUUGUGCAGUAUUUCAAGCAUAAAAACCUGCCCCCCACCAACUCGGAGCCCGCCUGAGCUCCAGUGCCCAGCAGCAGCAUGUCGGCUGAGCCUCCCGCCCUCCCCCAGGAACAUGCACGCUCACCCUGCUUCCUUGUGGGUGGCCUUUUUUUACCCAUCCACAUUUUUAUUUUUUACAACCGGACCUCCACCCCCAACUUCCUCCAGCCCAGCUGGGCUUCCUUUGUUGGAGUCAACUGUUGAUGCUUCCAGGCCAAACUGGCUUCCUCUCCUCCUCUCCCCACCUUUGCCAUUCUUAAGUAUUGAAUGUACUUUGUAUAAUUUUAGUGGAAUUAUUAUUGUUAUUGAGAAUAAAAUUUUUACAAUCAUAA